ACUUUGCCAAAAUCCUUUUGAAGUCCGAGGGCCAUCCCACAAGUAAAGUACCUCAACAACCAACAAGACAAGCCAAUAUUUGAGUUGGGGAGAAAAGAACGAUACCAGCCGAAACAAGCAGUGGAAGUAUUGUUACGACAAGCCCCUCAUGUGAAAAUGUGCGAUAGACAACCCUUGGGAGUACGCCAAAACAUGUCCUUCCUUAUCGACAUUAGCAAGCUGAAUAACUGGGAGGAUAUCAAAGUUGACCGAAAUGGAGUUUACAACGGUCUGCUACGAUGCGGUGUUUGGAAAGUGGCUUGUGAAGUAAACCAGAACGACACCAGUUUUGAAAUUAUCACCAAGAAGAAAGAAACUUUGCAUGACGAAAAGCAGUACCACUUGACGAUCAAUUCCAAAAGAAACAAGGCAUCACCAAAUCUUGUUCGUUCAAUAUUUCUUCUAACAUCGAAGAGUGGGAAGACUGUAAAUGAUGCUUGUCUGUUACAAUACCAUAUUACCUCAGGAGAAGACACCGUGAACAUCGAAGUUCAACCUCACGGAAACCGAAAAGAAGGCCAGUCGCGCGCAUUUCACCCAACAGCAAAGAGCACUUUAGAGAAAAUCCACGAGGGAUUGACGGACAGCAGUCAAACAUCAUCAUGACAAAGGUAUCUAGCAUUUUGAAUAGCACAGUGCUACACUUUUUUCAAAGUUGAACAAAUAUGUUUCAAACAUCUGGAUCAGGCAAGGGGUUUCAUGACUGACGGAGAAGAGGCAUUGAUCCAAGCUUGGAGUGCAGAUAUGCCUAAAGCAAAACACCUACGCUGCUUCAAACACUUUGAGGGUAACUGCAAAGAGAAAUUAAGGACACUGGGUAUCUGCACCACAAAACAACAGAGUACCUUUAUCAACAAGGUGAAGGGAAAGAAAGAGGGAAUUCUGGAUGCAGAGGACAAAAAAGACCUGAAAAGACGACUGGAAGCCUCAAAAGAGGAGCUUGACAGGGAGGAAAGAGGCGUGCUUGGCAAGGAUGACGCAUAUGAAUGCAAGUUCUAGAAAUAUCUAGAAUCAAACUACGAGAUGAUGAAGAACAACGUGGUUGCAAAGGUUCGACGCCGUGCUGGGCUAGAAGACGGUCCCGACGGCAAGCCAGUCCGCUCAUACACAAAGCCAUCAGAAUCCAUGAACCACGUGAUGUCCAGUUUGAAGAAGGAUAUUGUUUCAAGUGAGAAUGUGAAAGACCGAGGACUGACCAAACUUGAGUUUACCACAUCAGUGUUUGAAGAAAUUCACCGAAAGCAGCAGGAAGAAUUACGUUUGGCCAUUGCUGGAAUAAGUGAAGAGUACGAACUUUCCGAGGUUGUGUCACAACUUGCGGUCUCAACUGACACCUGGUUUCAAUGGUCACCCGAAGAAAGGGAGAAAUGUGUCGCGGACAUGAACAAAAUAUCAGUGGAGGAAGCAGUCGAGGGCAAACGCAUUGCUGAGCCCAACAUACCCACCCAACUACCAGAGAAAGAAUUCUCCGAGUUCUCCGUGGAUGUUGCCAAAUUUCUGGAGCAAAAUAUGGGAUACAAAUCGGUUACAGCAAAGCACGUUGCGGAAAACACACUGCUGCUAGUAAACCACCCUCUUGCCAUCCAGGAGCAGCCAACCCUACAUUCUACUAGUAACAAAGUCGAAGUCGCUGCAGUACACGCUAAGAACGGUAGAGUACAGUGUACUGUGAACACAAAUUUCGUAUCUUGCAAUUGCCCAAGUUACAAAUUUGAUAGUAUUUGUAAACAUUCUAUUGCUGUCGCUCAGUUGAAAGGGUUUCUUGAGAAGCACUUAAACCAUGUUGCGAAGAAAUCAGGGCCAAGGUGCGCAAAAACAGCUCUGGUAGAAUCCAAUGUCGACAAGCAAAGAGCCGGGAAAAAGGGAGGCCGAAACAAAACUAAAUAUCGCCCCCCCAAACAACAAACCACGCCAGCAGAAGUUCAAAAGCAAAGCAGUCAAGGUCUGUACACCCAUAUACACCACAAUGACAACCCUUUCGUGGUGCGCCUUCUUCCAGAAGAAGCCAAGCUGAGAAAUGUAAGACAUGCAACGUGGACUUCUGCCACCGGCAACGGCAUGUCCCUUUUCAUCUGGUACUGGAGCACAAAGAAAGGUGGUACUUUCCGAAAGAGGGCGACUGGGACAACAAAGUGGCCACAAACAAAGAGGGAAAACGAUAUUACCAUCCAGACCUACAGAAAUGUUCGAAGCCCAGGUUCCCUUACAUAACAUCCCAGUACAUCAAUGUUCCAGAGGAAACCAUUGGUAAACUACAAGAAUCACACAAGGAACUGCUCAGGCGGGAAUUCAACCUAGAUAUCUAAGCAGAAAGAGCGUUUGCGCUGGGUGCUAAGAGGAGAGUGAAUAGGAGUAUGUAAACUCGCCUGGACUAAUUUUUUGGCCACAUCCGUCGAUCCGCCACUAUAUGUUCUUUUAAAUCCGGAUACAAAUAACUUAAAACCUCUGUGUAUUAUCCGGACGGUACACAGUCACCGCAAUGGACUGUAGAUGUUUGAUUUUUUGAGGCUGAUCUUUCAAGAAUACCUUUUUACGCGAAAGUUAAAGUUGCAGCAUAACCCAAAACAUUAAUUUAAUGGCGUUCAACUAAAGGAGCGCAUUAUGGCCCCAAAAAUCGACAAAAACGGCAAAAGCGUCAACAUACCAACCAAGGUGGACCAAAGAUCCGUAGGAACCACUUAAUUCCGGUCCAUUCGGCGAUCCGCCUUAUUUGUGAAAUCCGCUAAUCUGCUCUUUUUAUCGAAAACGUCUGCAGUCUGGUCGCUUUUAAAGGCCAAAUCCGUCCAUGCCCGAACCUAUUCACCCCCUACCCUCUUAUAGUUUAAAGCAGCCUAUUAAGUUAAAAGUUGUGAUUUAGGGUUUCAGAAAAGAAGCAAUCAUUUUACUGGACUUGGAGAGGUUCACGUCUUCGUUAUAAUGAUUAUAGUUAUUUGUUACAGUUUCAGUUGUGAUCUUGCAAAUUUCGUGACGAUUGACUAGCAUUAUUGCAUUUCUGUUGUUCCUCUAGUGCCUUCACGAAAUUCAUCAUUUAUCAGGGAACGCUUAAGUGGUAAUACACCUUUUGCUGUUCAUUUACAGAAAAUAAACAUUCAUUUGUUUCCA